CCCGGAUCUGUAUGCAAAGCAUGAUUCACUCAAUGUCCUAUACUGCCACUGAAGUCUCGGAGCACACCAGCUCACAUUUAGUGAAGUUUAGUUGGCUAUGGUGCGUGGAUGCAGUUAAAACAAAUACGAAACGAAACAUGUGCUCGUCGACGAGGUCCCUGUACCCAUGCGCCUACUAACAUAGCCUGCUCGAUGUGUCAUAGGUCCAAAGUUCCACCGACUGUUAUUCGAAUUAAUAAAUACGAUAAGUUCUUCAAAACGCGAUUAGCAAGUAAACGGAUUACAAUGUGCUCGUGAGUUUGUGGCUUGUGCUUUUUGUGUGUGAAAUGGCGUCAUGGAUAAGACGGUCCAUGGAGGCCAAACCACAGAAAAUUGUGGUUUGUGAUAUUCAAGAUGAGGAUACUGUCUCCACUUAUUCAGACGAUUCGGGUUUGGACCCCUUGAACACCACUGCGCAUCUGAGACCGUUGAAUUCAGAAAUAACGGCACCAAGAAUAGAUAGCUAUAGGUUUUCCAUGGCAAAUUUGGAAGAUUCGCAGGAUGUGGACCUGGAUGCGAUCCUUGGGGAACUCUGUGCCCUUGAAUCGGUUUGCGAGAGAGAAAUUGGACAGGCUAGAGACAGCAAAAGAUUAUCAGACGCACAAAAAAUGUCGCAGCACAUAUCGCGAACUCACAGCCGAACACCAUCCGAAGUAUCCCGACUGAACCUAACCUCCGAACCCACCGACAUCAUGUCGGUAAAGUCGGACUCCGUCCGCACGGAAUCGCCCGACAACGACUCGGCCUUCAGCGACACCGUAUCCAUGCUGUCGAGCGAGUCUUCGGCCAGUUCCGGCGGAAGCAGCACCAAACCCCAAACACUCCACCUACAAAACAUCCAGCAGGAUGAAGCUUCGAGAAUCAAGGCUGAAAAAAUUCGCAUGGCGAUGGAGAAAAUCAAGGAGGCCAACAUACAGAAGUUGUUCUUGAAGGUUUUCACGACAGAUGGCUCUGCAAAGUCACUGCUGGUGGACGAAAAGAUGCUUUGUUCGUAUGUUACGAGGCUUCUGGCUGAUAAAAAUCAUGUCCAGAUGGAUCCCAAGUGGGCAAUUGUUGAGCAUUUGCCCGAUCUUUAUAUGGAAAGAUAUUAUGAAGACCACGAACUUCUAGUCGACAACUUGCUCUUAUGGACAAGAGAAUCAAAAAACAAAAUCUACUUUGUGGAAAGACCGGAUAAAAUAAACCUAUUUUUACAACCAGAAAAAUACCUGCUCUCCAUACGAGACAAAGAUAACACGGAGUAUGAUGAGCACUCCAGAAAUUUACUUUUGGACGACUAUUUUUCCACAAACAGCUUGCCAGAGCUGGAAGGGCCGUUGUAUUUAAAAGUGGACUCGAAAAAAAUCUGGAAGAAAUAUCAUUUCGUGUUGAGAGCGUCAGGUUUGUAUUACUACCCGAAAGAGAAGAUAAAGUCCGCUAAGGAUUUGGUUUGUUUGGCGACCUUCGAGAACAACCACGUGUAUCACGGAGUAGGCUGGAAGAAGAAAUACAAGUCUCCGACGGACUUCUCUUUCGCCAUAAAGCACCCGCGGUUGCAGGAACCGAAGUCGACGAAGUACAUCAAGUAUCUGUGCGCGGAAGAUCAGGCGACCUUGGAGCGCUGGAUCGUCGGCAUGCGAUUGGUCAAGUUCGGGAAGCAGCUGAUGGAGAAUUAUCGCGCGCUGAUCGAAGAGAUGGCGCAGGACGAUUUGGAGCUGUUGGCGCACGCGCGGAGCUGCUCGGUCAGCUCGAUUGCGCAGCAGAGUAACGUCACCACGCCUACUACAGGCUACCAAAGCAGCGAAGCGGGCUACGGAACGCAAAGCGAGUCUACCUACUCGGCGCCCAGCGAGGUCUCCUCGGGCCGCCACAGCCGCGCGAGCAGCUCCAGCUCUUCUGGCUGCAUGUCGGACGGCGCGCCGUCCAGCUGCGAGAACGCCUUUGACUCCGAGUUCCCCAUGGGCACCAUCAAGCGGAAGCCGUCCAUGAAGCCCAGCCUGCCGCUGACCAACAUCACGAGGCAGCUGAAGGAGGUGGGCGAGACGAGGGACGAGAGCACCUCGUACACGGGCAGCGGCACGCUGACGCGCCGGCACGGCCGCAGGAAGUCCGGCAACGGCGACGACUCGCCGGCCGGCGGCACGCUGAAGAGGCAGCACUCGUACAAGAUGCGCGGCUCGGCGGAGUCGAUGGGGGGGAGGAGCGGGAGUUCGACCCCUCUGUGCGGCACGCCGGUGAGAGAGAGGGCGUCGCCGUUCGGGGAAAGACCGCCCAGCGCUGGCUCGCUGCGCAGCCCCGGCGCGCAGAACGCCGGUUUGGAUAUGCCCUCUUGUAUGACUGAUUCCAUAAAUUCACUGCCGCCGCCGCCGGAAACGAACGGCGAAAUCCUCCAAGACUCCCCCAGCUACCAACUCCCCCCGCCCCCGCCCGAACUCUACAACAGCAACCUCUCGUUGGACAGCCUCCCCCCGCCCCCGAACCUCAACGACCUGCCGCCCAUGGCCGGCUCCGACCUGACGGGCAGCCAGCUGUCGCUCAUGUCCCUCCCCCCUCCCCCCGAGGAGACGGGCACGAUGCGCAGGCGGAAGGGGAGCGACUCCCCCACGGGAGAGGAGACGCCGACGCAUUCGCGGUUGAACACCCCCUGCGUGAGUCCCCCCACCUCCAACUGCAGCACCCCCACGCAAGCUAACCCUCCCGCGACCUUCAGCCCGACGCAUAGAGUGAGUUACGCGCAGAAAAACCAGAUUUACGGCUCCAGUGCGCAGAACCACGACAGAAUAAGCGAGGUGCAGGAUUUACCGCCUUAUGUGAACCCCCCGCAGUACAGGCAGAGCAACACGCUACCUACCGGGCAAAUCUUGAACAACAACAACGGUUUGCGUUCGUCGCUAAGACAAACUUCACUGCCGAGGCAGAUUUCGUGCAACAGUAUAUCUUCAACAAAUAGUUCAGGUUCAGGUAACUCCAUGUACGGCUACACCCAGAACAACAGCCCCAAGAAAAACGGCAAAAAAAUCUCGUUCAAUUUAACCCCUCAAGAAGUACCGCCACUGCCGAAAAAACCCCCCCCCACCGAAACGUUCAGAAAGCACUAAACUCUCCUCACCGAAAAAACUCGUGGAACCUCCGACUGAUUUCCUGAAAGACCUGCAACGCGUGAUGCGCAAGAAAUGGCAGGUGGCGCAGAAGUGCAAGUUGGAGCCGGAAGUGACCCCCCACGAGGUGCUCGGGUUCAGGGACCCCCCGGUUCUCCUCCCAGACUACAAGGAGCACAACGUUUCGAACUGGGUGCAGGAGCAUUACGGCCCCAACAAUCUCUACGAGAACGUUUACAGGGAUUCCCCCGUCGUGGAGGUGGUGGAGUACGCGACCAGCCCCGUGCACUCGGGGAAGAGCGAUUGCAAGACGAAGCGACCCCCGCCCCCGCCCCCCAAAAGAAGCGUGACGACGUUUCUGAGCACGCCCAAACAUUGAUAACCUUGGGUAUGUUGAAUAUUAGCUAAAAUGUCGGUUUUUUUUCUGAUUGGUUCCGCUGCAUCCGAAGGUGGCUUGAUUUUGUUGGAAUUUUGACAGCGCUGUCAAAAUAACCUAAAAUCUUGGCAUCAAGACAGUAAAAUCAGUUUUGUGAUUUAGC